GUGUAUGAAGACGCAGAUAGACAGAAGGCCAAGCAGUAGAACACUAAACGGAGUUAGGAAAACCUCACGGCUACCGACGUUUCUUUAGUACCCGAGUUUCAUGCAAUCAACGGAUCAAAUAAUAGGUUUGGACUGACCUUAGGUUUGGACUGAACUUGCGCAUCAAAGACUUAAAUUCGGACUUCGGUGCAACUUGAUCCCGUGCGUUUUUUGAUCCCUUGUAGUCUGUGUAAUUAUGUGCUCAAUAGAAGCUUAAAAAGUGAAAAGUUCACUAACUGAACGAAAAGAAGACAACAUUUGCCAUUGUCAAAAUGUUGUCACUAUUCUUCCUGAUUCUGUACAUUCCUGCAGUGAUGUCCUCAUCGUCACAGACAGCAGCCAUUUACCCCCAGGACCCAGCCCUGACCAUCGGCUCCACUCUCACUGCCACAUGUUCAGUUAGCCCUGACCUGGGCCUACAUGCCAGCUCUCUGUUCUGGAGCCUUAAUGGCCGUCGGCUUCCAAGCUCUUCCUACAGUGUUUUGAGCCCUACAGCUCUCAGUGUCACUCUGCCUGGCUUGCCAGCCUCUAGGCAGAGGUCAGGGGACAACCUUGUGUGUCAUAACCAUGGCGGACAUGUUUUGGCCGGGUCCUGUCUCUAUGUUGGGAUGCCUCCUGUGAAGCCAGUAAACCUAACAUGCUGGUCCAGAAACACCAAAGAUCUGACUUGUCGCUGGGCACCAGGAGGACAGGGAGAGACCUUCAUCAGGACCAAAUACACACUCAAAUACAAAUUCCGGUGGUAUGGCCGAGAGAGAGAGUGUGAGGAGCACAGUGCCGCCCAGCCAUAUUCCUGCUACAUACCUGGUGACCUCGCCCUGUUCACGCCCUACGAGAUCUGGGUAGAGGCCACCAAUCAGCUGGGUUCAGCCACCUCUGAUGUCAUCACCCUGGAUAUCCUAGAUGUAGUGACGACAGACCCACCGUCCGGCGUCUGCGUGAGUCGCGUUGGGGACCUGGAGGACCAUCUGACGGUUCGAUGGGAGUCCCCACCAGCUCUCAAAGACUUCCUGUUCCAGGCAAAGUACCAGAUCCGCUACCGGCUGGAGGACAGCUCCGACUGGAAGGUCAUGGAUGACGUAGGAAACCAGACGUCGUGUCGGCUGGCAGGGCUAAGACCAGGCACUGUGUAUUUUGUCCAGGUGCGCUGUAACCCCGUAGGGAUCUAUGGAUCUCGUAGAGCGGGUAUUUGGAGUGAAUGGAGCCAUCCAACCGCCGCGUCGACACCUCAUAGUGAGCGAGUGUCAUCAGGUUCGUGCGACUCCAAGUCCGGAGAUUCCAACUCGACGUUACGCCGAGAGCUGAAGCAAUUCUUCGGUUGGGUACGAAAGCAUGCUUAUGGCUGCAGCGGCAUGUCAAUCAAACUCUACGACCAAUGGAGAGUCUGGAUGCAGAAGUCCCACAAAACACGCAACCAGGUAGGUCCUGCAAGGGGAUAAGUCCUAGUGAACAGUCAAAGGUUCAGACAACAAACGUGUGUGUGAAGAACGCUGUCCACUGUGGACCGUGAUUGUGCCAUUCAGCGAGCUGUGACGGGGACAGGAAGACCAAUUUGGAGGCAGCCACCCUACACUAUACGGGAGAUACUAACAAUACAUGAAGGAAUGAAACUUUGAGGAGCAGCAAUCUUCUCGUUCCUGUAGAAAUGCCGGCAGCUCUGAACAGACUGGGAGGACCAGUGGAUAAGGACCGUUGGAAUGUUUCCCAUCCAUGUCCCAAUUUUAACCAUGAUGACCCAGUAGCUGUCUGUGAACCAUAAUUUGGGAAGCCCGGUCUGCGGGCGCACAUUGCUACAGGAUUAUAGACAGACUUUGUUAUCUGUAGCAUACUGGAGAUCAGUAUUUAAUGAUAAGUACGGCCAGGAGUUAUCCUGACCUUGUAACCCUGUACACGACAACCUUGUGAACCUAAUGUUAAUGUUUACCUUUGGACACAGAUAACCCUCUUUAUUUUUGUACUGUGUUGUGCUAUCAUAUUUAAAAUGUUUUGUUUUGUUACUAAGUUAUGUUUAGUUUGUGAAAUUGUUAUUGACUGAACAAUGAAUUAUAGUGUUAGAAAAGUG